GGUCUACGCGACGUACCUACAUAAAAUCAUUUUGUGGAAAAUUUGAAGUUUGUUGAUAUAUUGGUGACAAACCAUUCAUAUUAUUUAUGAAAGCUUCGUGCUAAUUACCAUUCCAGGCGCGAGGCUGUGAUCAUCUGAUGGUGGUCAGCCUGGAUGCGUUCAGUCACUAUUGUUGUACAGUUCGAGCGGUGUACGGUAGCCAUCUUGGAAUCGAACAAAGCUUCAGAUGUGUAGUUUGUCUGUUUAUCAAUAAUUUUUGUGCAUUUUGUUGUAAAUAGUUUGUAUGUUUAGGAUAUGUACGAAACGUUCGUCCACAUGUGUAAAUAGCUAUGGCUGCGACAAGAAAAUUACAAGGUGAAAUAGACAGGUGUUUAAAAAAGGUAACGGAAGGGGUGGAGACGUUUGAGGACAUUUGGCAGAAGGUUCACAAUGCCACUAACAGUAACCAGAAGGAGAAGUAUGAGGCAGAUCUCAAGAAGGAAAUUAAGAAACUCCAGAGGUUACGAGAUCAAAUCAAGUCUUGGAUCGCCUCCGGAGAGAUUAAGGAUAAGAGUACACUUUUAGAAUAUAGGAAACUAAUAGAAACGCAAAUGGAAAGGUUCAAAGUAGUGGAACGGGAGACGAAGACGAAGGCCUACUCGAAAGAGGGCCUCGGCGCCGCGCAGAAGCUAGAUCCCGCGCAGAAGGAACGCGACGAGAUGUCCGCGUGGCUCGUUCAAUCCAUAGACGCACUCAACCUACAGGUUGACCAGUUCGAGUCAGAGAUCGAGUCGCUGCUGGUUGGCAAAAAGAAGCGGCUGGACAAAGAGAAACAGGAUCGCAUGGAGGAGCUCAAACAGAAGCUAGAGAAGCACCGCUUCCACAUCAAGAAGCUCGAAACCCUGCUGCGCAUGCUAGACAACAUGUCCGUUGAAGUUGAACAGAUAAAAAGGAUCAAAGACGACGUAGAAUACUACAUAGACUCAUACCUAGAACCCGGAUUCGAAGAAAACGAGUACAUAUAUGACGAUAUCAACGGUUUGGACGACAUAGAGUUAAGCGGCGUUGGGCUACCAUCCUCCGCGACCACGGACUCGAAUAGUAAUGAGUCUAACGGCUCCCCCACUAGCAUUAUAUCAGGAACAAGUCCCAUUCCGUCUCCCACGUUAGAAGUCCACAACCACUCCACAGAUUCCAUAGACAUUGAGAAGAAAAAGAAAGAAGAGGUCAUAGCGAAACCGGUAAAGCCACUGCCGCUGCGGGCGGCGAGCAGCGUGGUCAAUAAUAGCACGUCACUCGUUAGUUCCUUGCUCAAUAACUCCGCCGCCUCCACCAAUAGCAUAAACAAUACGGGCGUGUCGGGCGCGUCCACGCCCAGCAAGCCGCCGCCCAGCCCGCCGCACCACGCGCCGCACGCGCUGCCACACGCGCCGCCGCACCGGCAGCCUAACAACACCGAAAUAGUGGAGAACGGCCCCGUCCCCGCCGCGCCGCACCCCGCGCCGCCCGCGCCCGUGCCGCCGCCGCCGACGUCAAAGAGUUCGAUCGCGCCCGCGCCCAGUGUUCCCACGGAGCCCGCCGUGUCGCCGCUCACCGUCAACGGCCCGCUCCACCACCACCCGCACACGCCGCAGCACACAGUCAAUAAUGGGCGAGGUGAAGCGACGACGCCGCUCCUGGCGGGCGCGGGCGGCACGGCGUCGCUCAAGAGCAUGGCGCAGGAGGCGGUGCAGCGAGCGGGGCUCACCACACAAGGACAGAACGUGCGGCGAGGCGCGGCGCUAGCGCAAGCGCACAUCCCGCCGCUACUCGGCGUGGCGCCGCUCGGCCCGCUACCUCUCAACUCGGAGCACCAGCUACAGUUCCAGAUGAUGGAGGCGUCGUUCUACCACAUGCCGCACCCCAGCGACUCGGAGCGCGCGCGGCAUUACCUACCCAGGAAUAUCUGCCAGACCCCUCAGUACUACAACCAGGUGGUAGUCCCUCACUCAGACAGCGUAGAGUUCUUCCAGCGGCUCUCGACGGAGACGCUCUUCUUCGUGUUCUACUACAUGGAAGGCAGCAAGGCGCAGUACCUCGCCGCCAAGGCACUCAAGAAGCAAAGCUGGCGCUUCCACACCAAGUACAUGAUGUGGUUCCAGCGGCAUGAGGAGCCCAAGCUCAUCAACGAGGAGUAUGAGCAGGGCACGUACAUCUACUUCGACUACGAGAAGUGGGGCCAGCGCAAGAAGGAGGGCUUCACGUUCGAGUACAAGUACUUAGAGGACCGGGACCUGAACUGAGCGGGCCGGUCGCGCAACAACCACCGCUGCUGGUGCGGAGUCUAACUCCACGAGACGUCGGCUCGGCUCGUUCCUAGUUUCGGUUCGCAACUUUUUAUGGACACUAAAAAGUAUGAGUAACAUUUGAAAUAGUCACAAUCGCUGACGACGAUAGCGUCGCCGUGUCGCGGAUUCCGUUGCGUCAGUAUUUUUUAUAUUUCUCAGUAGAGUAAGUUAAGUAUUUCUGUGAUGAAUUUUCCAAUAAUGAAAAAGAAAUGGUAAUGUCUGAUUUUUUAAUUAAGUAAACGUUGAAUCGAUCUGUUGUAAAAUAACUUUGCACGCUGGCAGUUUGUAUUAUUGUUGUACACGGUUUUUGUAUCGAAUUUGCAUGUGAACGAAGUAAGCGAAAGAUAUCAUGUGAUGCGACUGGCUUCCGCCGUUGGUCGGUUAUUAUAGAAAACAAUGUGAUAUUGAUAUAGGGCCCCGGGCGGCGCUGACUGCGACGUGGCCGUAGGCGAGGCUAACCUCGCUAUCGUAGUCUUCAGUUGCUAGCUCCUAUAGCUGUGACGUACCAAAUGACGUAUUUGCUUUCCACAGCUACUAAAAGGGCUAUAAAAUCAUUUUACAGCCUUUUUAGCCGAGCUCAAACAUUUAGACAUCACAAUUAGAAAAACGCUAGGUGAAUUAUGUUGUCUAGGCUACCUUUAGAUUUAGUACCCGACGAGACCCAGCAUGUAUAGCUGUAGAACAUCCGUAGGAGCCACGUCGCACGCGCAGCGCGGCGGCACCGAGCAACUAAAUAAUAUGCUAGUCGUAGUAUUCAACAACAGUGUGCCUACUUAUUUAAGUCAGUGCCGCGGCCCGGGGUGUUUGUUUAACUUGUGUACAGUCGCCCGGGGGGAUGCCAGCGUCGACAACCUGUCGGUCUCGCGCCGACGCGGCCGCUAGCGCCCCCCGGCGGCACAACCCUACUGUCAGGCCGCGACAUCCACUGACGACCGUGUGUCGGUGCCUUUACACGCGAAAUUUUAUACCAUCGGCGAACACGUAUGAAAUUUGACAUUCCAACUAUUCUGUAAAAGCACCCGAGUCGACGGGCGCGUUCGGAAACGAAUCUACUUUUCACCUUGAGUACGUUUUUUGUACUGCUCGGGAAAACUGUUUCUGGACGUUCCCUAUGUGAUGCUGCGCGAAGUCGAUACGUGGCUUUCCAUAAAUAAAGAGUCCCUAUGCGUCAUAUGUGUAAAGACCCUUUAUAGCUGGAGAGCCACUGUCGUGGAUGGCGCGGCGCCGACGGGCCGACAUACUCGUAGCAAUAAUGGCCGCGCGGGCGCAUAGCCUUAAGACAUCCAGUGUGAUUCAUUACAUAGAAAUAAUACACUCUUUCACCGCCCAUGUGAAAUCUAAAAAAAGAAACCUAUGUGAUUUGUACAUUUAAUUUUAAUUAGUGCAUUUAAAUUGAACAAAAGUAUAUAAAUUGUGUAAGCAUCGUAUGUAAAUCACUGCCACGAUUGUAUUAUAUUCGGAUAAUUAGAAUUAUCCUCGGUUUAAUUUGUACUUAUUUAUUUGUGAUAAAUUAUUUGUAUGUGUCCGAUAAGGAGGGUGGUAGUGGACGGUGAGACAGUGUAUUAUGGCUGACGGCAGGACGGAGUCGGCGGACGCGUGUCCUCGAGGUGGUUGUUGCGCGCUCGCGCACACAUGCGCACGCGCACGCAUGCGCACACGCACGCAUGCGCACACGCACGCAUACGCAUGCGCACGCGCCGGACCCGAACCCGGAACGGACCGGGCCGACGCCGGCGAGCGGACGCAGCGCGCGAUCUCGUUUAUUCCGUGCGUGAUGUUGAUAGUUUUCACUUUUGUAAAAAGUCUAUCGUGAGAGCGGUUGAAAAUGUGGUAAAUAAUAAUUUAAAAAAUUAUCUGUACAGUUCUAUUUGUAUAGAAAUAAUAAAUAACGAUUAAAAAAAUUUAAAACAA